CGAAGAGAGAGAGAAAGAGAGAGAGAGAGAGAGAGAGCAUCAGAGCGUCGAGACCCGCACGCGCGCGAUCGCUCCUAUUCAACCCCACCAUAUGCUCCAGAUCCGCCUGAGCAAGGGCUCCUCGGCGGAGGGGGGCGCCACCGCCGCGGCGGCGGUGGCGCCGGCGAAGGCUGCGGCGCCGGCGACGGAGACGGUGACGGUGACGUGCCCCGACCACCUCGUCCUCGCCGACCUCCCCGUCGCGAAGAGCGUCGGCGCCGUCACCUCCUCCGCCGCCACCUCCGUCCGCUCCGUCGGCCGCCGCCACCGCCGCCAGGCCGGCGAGAAGGUCCACUUCUGCGUCCGCUGCGACUUACCCAUCGCCAUCUAUGGCCGCCUCACACCAUGCGAACAUGCAUUCUGUUUAACAUGUGCAAGGAGUGAAGCCAGUUGCUAUCUAUGCGAUGAACGAAUUCAGAAGAUCCAGAGCGUCAAGAUGAUGGAGGGCAUCUUCAUAUGUGCCGCCCCACACUGUCUCAAAUCCUUUCUCAAGCGGUCGGAAUUCGAGUCCCAUAUUCACGAAACCCAUGCCGACCUCCAACCCAAUGAAGAGAAGGAUGCCGGCUAUCCAAUAAGCACGAAAGCCUCAUCCACUGAAUCACAAAUGCGAUCGUCGCAGCAAGAAAUCUCGACCGCCCGUGCCCCUCCACGGCCAGGAUUAUCCCUCAAUCUCAAUUCCCCACACGAAGAGAAGACCCGCCAACCCCGGCCUCCACCGUUGUAUAACAACCCAUCUCAAGGUUCAGAGAAGCCUGAUUUUCACUCUAUGCAAGUUUCGGAGAAGCAAUCCCUAGAAAAACCUUCCGGCAGUCAAAUGCAACCUGUGGCGCCCGAUUUCCUGACUUUGCAAAUCCAGCCCCCUCUGCCGCCAAAUUACGCAAUGCCCCUGAAUCCCAACCAGGCAUUGAUCUCUCCUCCGUUGUUAAAUUAUCCUCCGACUUUUCCCGCACAGGGAUCUCAACCAUAUCCCGGUGUAUCCGUACAGGGGGCGGUGCUAGGGUUCGCGCCUGCUCCGACAGGUGUAGCUGGGUUUGUGGGUUCAUUGCCUUUGCCGUUGCAGAUGCCGCUGCCUCCGCCGCCGCCGGUUCACCCUGCGAGUUCUCAACAGCUUAAUGCUGCAAAUUUCUCUAAUUUCGGCAAUGUGAAUCAAGACGGCCACGGCUAUGGAUCGUAAAACCUUCAGUUCUUCCUGUUUGUGAUGCUGUUUGUUCUUCGGCUCGUGGCCUCAAAAUUCUCAAAAUUGAGGCCCCGUCUCUAUGUUUUGAAAUCCUUUGUUGUUCUUCCUGUUUUUCUUUUUACUGUUGUUUUCUUUUCUUUUAAGAAGUAUCAGUGCUACCUCUGCUGCUCAUCCAGGUUACUUGUCUUCUUCUUUUUUUUUUCUUUUUUUUUUCUUUUUUUCUUUCUUCGUUGUGAACUCAAGUUCCAUAAUGCUCAAUUUUGAGAGUAUCAACAAGGAUUUCAAAUGUCAACAAGUUAUAAUCGAAUUCGCCACCCCAAUAUUUGCUAGGAUAACCAUAAACUUUCAAUGUUUUUACAUUCUUA